AUGAGCAACGUGCGCAAGCCUUCGCCCACUACCAAGUACGGCACUGUUGGAGACAUCGAGGCCAGCUCCAUACCCGAAGUGAAGGCUGCUGCCAGUAGCGCAUUGGUCGGACCGAUUCCUGCUGGAUCUGUCGUGGCGGCAAACGCCACGAAAGAUGGACGAGAUGGAAAGAAUAUCUGGGACGAGUACUACCCGCUCGUGCAGCCAGCGCACCAGUACCACCACCGCAAUGAUCGGGGUUCGUCCAACUACUUUUUCCACGGCAUGUUCUCGGCCGACGUCAUGUUGGCCUAUCGGGAUGCUGUCAUUGCCUACCUCGUAGCGCUCUACUCGAUGGUGGUGCUCUCGCUCACUGGGCUCGUGUUCUGCAAGCAAUGGGGUAUCUUACAUGACACACCAAUCGUGUUUGGUUUCCGCUUCCUGUGGUUCGUGAGUCCAGUUGUUGCAUCAUUUGCUUUACGAAACAUUGCGAUGCUGAGAUUACAGGCAUGCAAUACACCACCACACUGGAAUAUACCACCGCUGUACCACUUCUUCAAGAGCUCUCAUUCGUCACGAUCCACAUUUCGGCUUGCACUUCUGAGCUACUCGGUUCCAGUUCUGUGUGAACUGGCGGCAUUUUCUCUUAGUGCUGCAACGAGAAUGGUCAACCCAUUCAACCGAACUUUUGUGCGAAAGCUCGAGAUCGUGUUCAGCUUCAACGACGUGGAGGCGCUUGACUCCGGGUUGGUGCUCUAUGUGUUUUACAUGAGUUUUCUCGGUAUAUUCUGGGACCCAAUGCCACCGCAGCGAUACGACAUCGGCCUAGCGAUGGGGUUACAACCUUGCGGUACGAGUUGGUUCUUCUUUGCGAUGAUCCAGGAGAUUGGAUGGAGCGGAUCCUUGUUUCCAGCUCUGGAGAUUGUUUUCAGCCACUCGACAAUCCUUGCUUCGGCAAUCACCGGGUGCAUCUGGGCGCUCUGGCACUGGCCUAUGAUCAUCGCUGACGCGCUGGAGGUAGUACCCAAGGGCUCCGGGUAUUCAGUUGCUGAAACGCGCGAGUUCCACCUUAUCUAUGUGCUGGCAGUAUUUACGCUGCUUUUGGUUGGCUCUCGCAUCAUUAUGUGCUGGAUACAGGGCAAUUCUAGCUACGUCAUUUGGUCAAGCGUUGUUUACCACGCCACCCACAACCUUUUCAUCACGUCAGUAUUUGGACAACUGACUGCUCCACUCUAUGAUAAGGCUCAACUUUUUAUCUUUUUCAGCUCCGAGUCGUCAGUAUGUUUGCUUGUGACUGUGUGGUUUUCCACUUGCAUCCUCUCACAAAUGUUUCAGUGGACAUAUCUCAUGCCAAUGCUACGUCGAGCAAAUUCGAGGGCUACACGCGCGCUUGCAGCAUAG